AUGCGGUACGACAGCGCCGCGGGCGAAGCCCCGGAACACGGGGAGCAGGCCGAGCACGUCCCGGCCAGACUCGAGGAGGAAGGCGGCGCGGCCGCGCGCCUGGCGCAGAUCUUCGAGUUCCUAGACCGGAUCGAGGACUAUCACCCCAGCCACCUGGUGGCCUGGCUCCAGUCGCGCCUUGUCACCAUCGAAGAGGUGCCCAUGGCAUCCGCAGCUCCCUUCCAGGACCACUACGACAAGCUCGACCUGCCAUGCGAUGCAGAUCCUGCCAGCAUCCGACGCGCCUACCGAAAGCUGGCCCUGGCCACACAUCCGGAGACAAGCCACAGCGUGAACCAGCGUCGUCCGAAUCGACUUCGCGCUGAGCAGGGUGAAGUCUCCGUACCGGAGGAUGCCAUGGAAGGCCUCACAGAGGCGCACACAUCAGCUGCUUGA